AUGGCGUACCGUCGGAAGCAGGGCAUCCAGCGGUCGGCCACCUUCGUGGAGGACCACCGCCAGACGUCGUCGGGCGGCUCCGCGUCGCCGGCCAUCGCGUCCCCGCGCGCCACGCGGUUCGCGGACGACAGCCGCCGCCCCGACCGCUCCUCUCGCCUGGCCGCGCAGGCCAUGGUGGCCUCGUCCGCCGCGCGCGCGGACCUCACGCUGCCUUCCUUCGGCGAGCGCUUCCCCGCCGCCGCCGCGGCGGCGGCGUCCCAAUGCGACGCCGAGCCGAGUAGCCCGGUGCAGGACCCUGUCACCCAGCUCUACACAUCGACAACGAGCCUAAACGACGAGGGGCCGAAGUACGACAUCGAGCUAUCCAAGAAAGACCACACCAAGCAUGGGUUCUGGGCGCUCGUGGCUCAGAAAGCUAAAGUCAUGCUCGACGAAAAUGGCACACCACGCGCUCAGACUCAGACCUCUGAAUCUCGCUGGUCCUACGAUCGGGUCCGAAGCUCGGAGAGCCAGAGCCCCACGUCACGGAGAGGAUCGUUGGAAGGGAAGCUAGACAUCGGAGGGAAGAUCAAGGACGUUCUUGAACAGGAGGGCCUGGCGGUGGCCGACAGCACAACGUCCGGCGGCACCGGCACCGGCACCCACGGUGGUGUCGUCGCUGCCCGGAAGCUGCAGAUCAGGAGGAAGGCGUGCAGCAUGGACUUCCGGGCCGCGAACCUGACCCCGGCCAGCCCCGACAUGUCGCCGAUGCUGGCCGACACGGAGUCGCCUCAAAUCAAGGCCUCUCGCGACGUAGCGAACGCCAUGGCCACCAAGGUGAAGCUGCUGCAGCGGGAGCUCAAGACGUUGAACGCCGACCUGGCCUUCUCCAAGGAGCGGUGCGCGCAGCUGGAGGAGGAGAAUCGGCUGCUCCGGGACGGCAACCACGACGCCGACGCCGACGAGGACCUGAUACGGCAGCAGCUGGAGACGCUGCUCGAGGAGAAGGCGCGGCUGGCGCACGAGAACACGGUGUACGCCCGCGAGAACCGGUUCCUGCGUGAGAUCGUCGAGUACCACCAGCUCAACAUGCAGGACGUCGUCAACCUUGACGACGACGAGGACAUCGAGGAAGAAGAUGAUUACGACGUCGACGCCGACGAUGACGAGGAUGCGGAGCUGGAGGCUGAGCAGUGCCAAGAUCGCCGCAAGUCCCUGCCGUCCCAACUUGUGCUGGAGGAAGAGGAGCACCAGGCGGCAGAUCCGGGCACCGAACCGCAGUCGCCCUCUCGUCACACAGAGUCGCCGCGAAUGCUGAGCACCAACAGCGGCGGCGGCGGCAACCCUGGCCACGAAUCGCCGCGGAUGCUGAACACGGGCGGCGGCGGCACCCCUGACCACGAAUCGCCGCGAAUGCUGAGCACCAACAGCGGUGGCGGCGGCGGCACCCCUGACCACGACUCGCCGCGGAUUCUGAACACGAACAGCGGCGGCGGCACCCCUGACCACGAAUCUCCGCGGAUGCUGAACACGGACAGCGGCAGCACCCCUGGCCACGAAUCGCCGCGGAUGCUGAACACAAAUAGCGGCGUCAGAAUUGCUGCUAGCGAAUCCCCUAGGAUGCUGAGCACAAACAGCGGCGGCAACACGAACGAGUCGCCACGUAGCUUCAAUGAUGAUGGUUCUUCGCCAGAAACGGCGAGGGACGGGUGA